GCCGCCCUCACCCGCUGUCCCACCACAUCGCUUUCAGUCUGAAGCGCACGCGCAAUACCUGUCAGAGAGUGAGUCCUUGAAGCAUAGCAAAGAAGUGAAAUCCGUUGAGAAUACUCUGUAAAGGAGCAGACAUUUUUUCUAUCUCAAGACUUUCUUGUGCGAGAAGAAGCCCUGAGGCAGGACAAGAGAAUCGCAGGUCCUGCUUGGAGAGAUUUUAACAUGUCACUUCGAUUCGGCCAGCAUCUCAUCAAGCCUUCUGUCGUGUUUCUGAAGACGGAGCUGUCCUUUGCACUCGUGAAUAGGAAGCCGGUGGUCCCAGGACAUGUCCUAAUUUGCCCACUCCGUUCUGUGGAACGUUUCCGUGACUUGCAUCCUGAAGAAGUGGCUGAUUUAUUCUGCAUGACACAGAAGGUUGGAAAUGUAGUAGAGCAACACUUUGGUGGAACUUCACUUACCAUUGCAGUUCAGGAUGGUCCCGAAGCCGGGCAGACUGUGAAGCAUGUCCAUGUGCACAUACUUCCAAGGAAGUCCGGAGAUUUCAGCAGAAAUGACAAUGUCUAUGAUGAGCUUCAGCGUCAUGACAAAGAGGAUUCCCCCAGACAGUGGAGAUCGGAGGAUGAAAUGGCAGCGGAAGCCGCUAUCCUCAAGAAAUAUUUUCAGUGAAACUGGAGGCAACAAAGCAACUUCACUGACACAGGGACAUAAGAAAAUGAGAGAGAAAAGGACAAUUGCUCAUUUCCUGUUGGGCAGAGCACCGAAGUUUACGAUGGCCAUAAAUGUGACGGGCGUUAGAUAAAUUCCAUGGGGUGUUUUGUUGUGUUUUGUUUACGUUCUUUUUUGAAUGUCCUGAAAUAGUUCCUUCUUCAUGGACUGUUUGGGAGUGAGCUUUUAAAAUUGUUCCUCGGUUGAAAAUGAAAUAAAGUAUAAAAAUAAAUA